AUGAAUGAACAUAGCAUUUCCAGAAAACAGAAAAAGGUCCAAAAAAAUGACUUCUUCAAAGAUAUUGGGAAAAUGAAAAAGAGCAAUAUGAACAAAUCUCGUGAAAAGAAAAAUAAAAAUUUUAAGAAAAUCAGAAUUAAAGGCACAAAACAGGAGGGGAGGCUUUUGUAUCAGUCUACUAAUAAUAACCUGCAUAGUAAGGGAGAAAAAAGACAUGCUGACCAUACUGCAGUUGAAGUGGAUUUCACAAAGAAGGAGGAAUUAUCUAGUAUGUCAAUACCCAUAAAAGUUACAACAAUGAUUAAUAAAACGAAUUCCGGUUUUUCCUUAUGUGGGUCGAAAAAAUGUAAGAGUAGUAACGUUCUUAAGGAUAAGAAAAAUAAAUUGAUAAAUAAAAAAUUAAAAAAAGAAAGGAGCACUGUCAAUAAAAAUAUACAAGGGAAAAAAGAAGGGGAAUAUGGUCAUCAGCAAAUUCUUAAUAAAGCUCGAUCACAUGAGAAUAUAACGAAUAUAUUGAACCGCUCUUGUGAUAUGAGUAUCCCACUUAAUUACCCAACUUAUAGAGUGUUCCACGACAAUUACAAAAAUGACAACAUAGAAAAGAAGAAACAGAAAUAUAAGAAAAAGAAAAAAAUAGGAGAAUAUCCUGAGGAGAUAGUGAAUUCAUCGAUAUUUAGAUAUAUUAAUGAAUACAUGUACACUAAUAAUAGUGAAACAGUACAAAAAAAGCUGAAGGAGACAAAAAACAUUUUCAGCAUAUAUCAUUCAGGGUAUAGAAAUCAAAAAAAUAAAUGGCCAAAAAAUCCUGUUAAUAUUAUAAUAAAUUAUUUAAAAAAUAAUUUUACAAAAACAAGUAAAAUAGCAGAUUUAGGAUGUGGUGAAGCAGAAAUAGCUCAGGCCCUACAAGGUUGGUCAGUGAUUUCUUAUGACUUAAUUCAAUUUAAUGAGCAUGUAACAGUUUGUAACAUAACAGAAUUGCCGCUAUCAGAUAACUCUCACGAUUGUUUCGUUAUAUGCUUAAGCCUUAUGAACACAGACUGGCCAAAAAUUAUAUUUGAAUCAGUUCGAUGUCUUAAAAGAGGCUCAACUUUAAUUAUAGCCGACGCUGUCAGCAGAUUUACAAACUACAAGGCUUUCAUGAAAUUCAUGAAGAAUGUCGGAUUUGCCCUUUCGAACCAAGUAAACUUAGACGAUUUUUUUUAUGUGCUAUUUUUUGAGAAUAAUAAAAAGGACAAUGCUAUUUGUGGAACGAAUGAAAAAAGAAUUAAAAAGGUUUCCAAGUUGUUGGCUCCUUGUAUUUACAAAAGGAGGUAA